AUGCUUAUUUGCUCACUGUCAAACGUGCCCACGGCAAAUCCUGCGCUUUCUUUGAAGUCACAUUAUAUUUUCGACGCCAAAGCAUUAAACACAUAUGUGAAGACGAACGGCAAAGAUCCCAUAUCAAACGAGCCAAUGGACGAAUCGGAUAUAGUUUCGAUUUCACCUAACACGGCGAAAAUACCCAACUCCGAGGAAAUAGCCUCUCCAACCUAUUCUUCGAUUCCAACUAUGUUAUCUGCGUUUCAAUCAGCCUGGGAUUCCUUGAGCUUGGAACUUUUCCAGCUACGUACAGAAUUAGACAAGACCCGGAAAGAGUUGUCUCUGGCACUAUAUAGGCAAGACGCUGCAGUGAAGGUUGCUGUUGGUGCAUGCAAAGAACGUGAUGAGGCAAGGCAGGCACUUGCCAAGUUGAUUGAUGGCGCCGAUAAUGCUGCCAUUCAAUCAGAAAAGGCAGUAGAUGUUGGUGAAGAGGCUCCUUCCAAAGAUAUAGAAAUGGAUCAGAGUGAAGACUGGACGGACUUUGCCAACACGUUGCGCUCUGAACAAGAAGCCCUUUUGGUGAAACACAAGAAGGAAAAUAAGGAUAGAAAGGGUAAAUCACCAAUCCUCUCGAUAACCGAUCCUGCAAACUUGAGUGUAACAUUAGAUAAGAAGGAAAGCAUAGGAACUAAGAAGAGCGGCAAAGUAAUUGGAGUGGAACCAAGCAAGGCGGGGGAUGAAUGCGUUGUUGCAUUUGCUUCGGGAUUGUUUGAAUUGGUGGACGUAUCGAAAACUGCCAAGAAGAUGAAGGUUGUCUCCAAGAUUAACCUCAAGGUCACACAAGGCGAAGCUUUGCCGUUUUUGUGCUUCUGGAAGAUGAAUGAGCCGUUUGUGGUAUCGAAGACUCCCGCACAGAGGGGACGGAAGAGCAAGACAACCGAGCACCACGCAUACCAGAUGACAAACUUGGCAACUAAAGAAUCGAAGCCGCUAGCUUCCGAAUUGCCUGACAUCUCUAUUGCAGUGGCACAUCCGACACUUCCUGCCUUCAUCGUUGCCAACACGACAGAAUUCGAGGUCUUCUACAAUGACACCAUAAUGUACAGCCAGCAAUUAAGUCACGAAUUGGCACAUAUCAGGUUUCAUCCGGACGGUCUUCUUGUGGCACUCUCAUACAAGGGUGAGGCCGGCGUCGACAUAUACGAUCUUGUCGAGCGCAGCAUCAAGCUCAACAUACCGUUCGGCGAGCACAAUGAUGUCCAGUUUGCAGCCAACGGCUACUACUUGUUCGUUGGCGGUGUUGACGCACUUGCGCUGUUUGACUUGCGUAAGAACGUUUUUGUGCAGCAAUCCGAGGUUGCCGGCGGAGACAGGAUCCUUGUCGACGUGUACACGUCGAUCGUGGUGUAUGGGAACACAUGCGCUGUGUUUGACAAGAAGGGCAAGACGUGGAGCAGCGUGAGCGAGCUGCAAGGGUUGGCGGACCACGAUGGCGGCUCCCGUGUGGUUGCCGUCCUCGCCGGCGGAGCUGACGAUAAGCACACAGUCCUCGUGGCUACAGAGAACGCCGGCGACGGCGUAGACUUGUACAAAGUGGACGGCUUCAGGUCUGCUGCGGAGUGA